CCACUAGCAGUGGAUGAGGUUGUGUUUGUUUUCGAGAAGUGUAAAGUGAUAGACUUGUUAGCCUGUAGUUGCAAAAUAAAAACAAAGUCCCGUGGGAUCUUAAUCAUUAGCAACUUUUAUUUCAAUAUGACCUUUGGUCAGUUGCUGCCCACCCCUUUCAGAUAUAUGAGGAAAUCGAACUAAGAAUCAUUCUUAAUAGGGCUGAUUACAAAGGGAGAGAAUAGAUGCAGAGGAGUUAGCCGUGUUAGUCUGUGGUAGCAAAAUCAAAAAGAGUCCAGUAGCACCUUUAAGACUAACCAAUUUUAUUGUAGCAUAAGCUUUCGAGAAUCAAGUUCUCUUCGUCAGGCAGAGGGAGUCCAUCAUCAGACCUUCAGGUGUGGAUUUGCUGCCACAGGGGAACUAUAAAACAAAGGAGCUGUUUGUGAAGGAGGUGCCAUAAAACUUCGAAGUGUGAACCUUCUCUGGCAGGCAGAUUCCUGUGUGACAACCAGGCAGCUUGUGGGGUUUCGGGAGCUGUGGAAUAGCUAUUUGCUGAACCCUGGACAUGAAAAAAAAAACAUCUGGCAAUGGAGUCGACUUCAAUAAAGACACAGCACAACAAUUCAGACCAAAGACAUUACAGGAAAUCUGGAUCUUGAUCAUCGUGACUUUUCCCCACUGAGUUAAGUAAGUAGAAAUGAAAGAAAGGGCCAAUGUUACAUAUCUAUUUGAUCACUGAAGAUAUUGACCGGUAUAUGUUGCUACUACUGAAAUCUGCAUUAAUGUGCAAUUUGGGAGGAGGGCUCAAGGACCUGAUUUCUGCAGAAGCUGAGGAAAACAACAACAACGGAGAUAUCUCAUGGUCUUCCCAUAAAUACCUAGGAGCUCACAUUCUCUGGGAAGGCAUACCUUGUACAUUUUCUAAUGCUGAGCAUUUUUCAUACCGUGGGGAACCUGAAUCUUUCAGAACAUUCACAGCACAAAAGUGAUCGUUGGUAGUCCUGGGUGAGAGUACAUAGACCUUUGACAUUAAAUGCUCCUCCCCAUAAUUAUCUGAGUAACUGAAAAACAUCUUGGUAACUACAUGUAUUAUCUCUGAAUGUCCUCAUUCCAAGCCACUUGGCUAUUGUGCCCGAAGACUUCCUAUACAUUUAGCUUAAUUCAUGGCUUAUAUAAAAGUUUGCUAGUAGAAAACUAAGACAACCAUCUGUCAAGAAAGGAAAGCCUCCAGAGAAAAAGCAUUCAGCUCACCUUGUCUAAAAAUAUCACGACAGAGAAAAAGGAACAAGGAGCAUAAUGGGAAUGCAAGCACUUUUGAUUGCCCUGCUGGUGUGUCUCCUGACUGUCCAUUUUUUAAAACAGCUCUGGUCACACAGGUCCUCCCCUCCUGGGCCUCUUCGGCUUCCUGUCAUCGGAGCUGCUUGGCGAUUAGUGUUCAAUUUUUCUCAAGAUAGUCUCAUUCAGCUGGCAAAACAAUAUGGAAAUAUUUACCGUCUGUGGCUGGGACCUAAUCUGAUAGUUGUACUGUCUGGAUUUGAAGCAGUAAAAGAAGGACUAAUCAACCAUUCGGAAGACUUUGCGGACCGACCAGUGGGUGAUUUCCUUAAAGCUUUAGCCCAAAAAAAGGGUAUUGCAUUGUCAAAUGGCCACACCUGGAAGCAACAGAGAAAGUUUGGGAUAGUUACCAUGCGGAAGCUGGGAUUGGGGAGGAAAGGCAUGGAACAGCAAAUAGAAGACGAGGCCCAUCAACUAGUUGAGACUUUUGCAAGGGCAAAAGGGCAGCCACUUGACCCUUCGUUGCCCAUCACUAAUUCUGUCUCCAAUGUGAUUUGUGCCGUGGCUUUUGGACAUCGAUUUUCUGUUGAAGAUAAAGACUUCAUUAUGUUGUUGGAAGGCAUUGACUCUGCUUCAAAAUUUGCAGGGAGUUUUUUUCAUGGUCUGUAUAUAAUUUUCCCAAGGCUCAUGGAAUAUCUUCCGGGACCCCACAAGACGACACUCGCUCAGGCUCAUGCUGUGCUCACGUUUGCAAAGAAGGAGAUAGAAAAGCAUAUGGAGCAUCAGGCCAUGCACGAGCCACAGGAUUUCAUUGAUUUCUACCUUCUUCAGAUAGAGAAAAACAAGAAUGACCCUAACUCUACAUACAACGAAGAGAACCUGGCUCAGUGUAUUUUUGACCUCUUUUUCGCAGGAACCGAAACCACUGCUACCGCUUUGCAGUGGGCAUUGCUUCUCAUGGCAAAUCACCCAGACAUCCAAGAGAAAGUCCACAAAGAGAUGGAAGAUGUUUUGGGUUCCUCUGAGUCGUUCAGCUAUCAAGAUCGAAAGAGAUUGCCUUACACCAAUGCCGUGAUUCAUGAAAUCCUGCGCGUCCACUAUGUCUUAUUAGUUGGGUUCCCCAGACAAUGUGUGAACGACGUGAAGGUGUUUGGUUUUCUCAUUCCCAAGGGAGCACAUGUUAUUCCAGAUCUCCGCGCUGUUCUUCUUGACCCCAAGCAAUGGGAGAAACCUCGGGAGUUCAACCCCAAUCAUUUUUUGGACAAGGAAGGAAAUUUUGUGGAAAAAGAAGCAUUUCUUCCAUUUGGCGCAGGGGCCCGUGUCUGUCUCGGAGAGCAGCUAGCAAGAAUUGAGUUUUUCAUCUUCUUCACUUUCCUGCUGAGGGCAUUUACUUUCCAGUUGCCGGAAGGAGUAAAAGAGCUCAGGAAAGACCCUAUACUUGGGGCAUCGUUGCAUCCCCAUCCUUAUAAGCUCUGUGCUGUUCCCCGUUGCAGUACAUCAUAAAAUAUUAGAGAUGCACCUUUGUUACAGCCAGUUUCUCCUUCAUUCCUUUCACAGGGAGCUGCUGUAGCAUAGUGUGAAUCAGCGCUCUGCUAUUUCAAAUCCUGCUACUGCCAUGAGCUCAAUAGGUGGCCUUGGAUAAGCCACUCUUCUCAGCCCCAGCUCCCCAGCUGUAUUGCGGGGAUGAUAAUAAUAACACUGACUUUGUUCACCACUCUGAAUGAGGCACUAAUCUGUCUAGAAAAGCCAUAUAUAACCGCAGUUAUUAUUUAAUGUUGCUCUUACCUGCUGUAUUCAUUCUGUCCUCAGUUUGUCUGUCAGAGCUUGACUGAUGCCUUCUCAAGAUGGAAUUCAGGCAGCCCUGUGAUGUUCUUAUUACACUCGCUUAGUGUAAUAGUUAAAAGUGGCAAGGCUGUAAUCUAGAGAACCAGGUUCGAUUCUCCACUCUUUCACUUAAAGUGAGCUGAGUGACCUUGGGUCAGUCACAGCUUUUCAGAGCCCUCUCAGCCCCCACCCCUCACAGGGUGAUUGUUGUGAGGAGAGCCCCCACACUCUUGGCUUUCCGCAAACAAUGCAUAACCAAAUUAUUCAAAAAGGCUUUUUACUCAUAUAGGAGGGCUGUAUUGUAGGGAGGAGGUCUCAGAUGCUUCACUAAUGAGUUAGGAACUAUCGAUUUCACCAUUAUGUUGCCUUACGUAUUAGCUGUUGCUUUAAAUAUGUACUCCUAUAUAUUACCUGUGCUUCAUGUUGUCUAAUGUCAGUCCUAGAAUUGAUUAUGUUCUGCUUCAGCAUUUCUUCAACUCUGUAUUGGAUCUUGGUCAUGCUAUGUCUUUGUAAACUUGUAUUCAUUUACCCUAUGACGUUGUUUAUGGAAAUGUCCUUGAAACUGUAUGGAAAUGCCUGCCCUUGUCCUUGCUACCGAUUGUACUAAUCUCACACUAUGUAAUCCACCUUGAGUCUCAGCGAAGAAAGCAGACUAUAAAUGACAUAAAUGACAUAAAUGAAAUAAAUAAAUAAAUAAUAACACACUUCAUAAACCACUCAGAGUGGGUGUUGUCCUGAAGGGCAGUAUAUAAAUCUAUUAUUAUUAUUAUUAUUAUUAUUAUUAUUAUUAUUAUUAAUCUUAUUUCUAAUUUGAAGUUUUCAAACAAAUGCUCAACACAGAAUUCUUGUGACAUGGAAAUUAAAAAGUUCCCAAGUCCUCUAUAA